UGUGUGUGUGACCAUACAAGUCGUACCGGACUCCCACAACAUUCCAGACACAUUCAUUUGCAGAGGUGCACUGUUCCACCUUCGGGGGUCUCCGUCAACGCGGUGUCAGCCCCCGAGCCUGGCAUGCGUAUCAGGUGUUUUUGCUUCUUUCUUUAUCUGACCAAGCGUCGUGGAAAAGAAACAAAAGUUCUUACAAUUCUAUGUGAUAGCAGAAGUACAUUUUUGCCUCAUUAAAAAUCCAGAGACUUGUCCAAAACCUCUAAUCUAUGACCAACCCUCCACCUCCCUCCGCCACCCUCUCACGCCUGAGCACCGAAGCCCCACAUCCUUCUCUGCCCUCUUUGCUGUCCUCCUCCUGGACUGGUUGGCAUGUGUAUGGAAUAAAAAUGUGUCGGAGCUUUUGUUUUGCUGGAUCCAAGUAACAGCGCUAGUCUGAGCCAGGAGAAUAGGAGCUAGAGGGGAGAGCAGAGCUGUCUCCAUUCAGUCGAAGAAGAGAUACAUGGGUGCUUGAAGAGGAAGAAGAGAAAGAAGAAGAAGAAGGAAGGAAGGGGAGCCUCCAGUGCUAAAGAUGCUCUAGAGUUGUCAGUAGCUCUUUCUUCCUGACAUGGACUGAGUCGAGCAUCAGCUGACGCAAACUCACCUGAGACAACUGAGAAGGGGAGUCGACACAGAGCACAGAGGAGGAAGGCAGACACAAAGCCAGAAGAUGGAAGAGUCUUCGCAGGACGUCAGCCAGAUGACCAGCCAGCAGGUUCUCUGUGACCCCACUGAACGGAGAAGCAGAAAGCGCCUCUCCACUCUCAAAAUGUUCAUCAUAGCGCUUUCCUUCGCCUACUUCUCCAAGGCGCUGACAGGCACCUACAUGAAGAGCUCCAUCACUCAGAUAGAGAGACGCUUCGACCUCUCCAGCACGCGCGUCGGCCUCAUAGACGGCAGCUUUGAGAUGGGUAACUUGCUGUUUCUCGCUGUGGUCAGCCAUUUUGGGGCUCAGCUCCACCGGCCCAGACUCAUCGCCGCCGGGUGUUUGCUCAUGGCCGUCGGCGCCCUUCUCACAGGCCUGACGCAUUUCUUCAUGGGAUUCUAUAAGUACGACACAGUUAUUCAGGUUCUCCAGAACAGUAAUGUGAGCAUCCCAGCAUGUGUGAAUCCUCUGAAGACUGUCGACAUGCCAGAAAUUCAGAUUGAACCUUCUGUGGAAGACAGCAAAGGCUGUGAGAGAGAGUCCAGCUCCCACAUGUGGAUAUAUGUGUUCCUUGGGAACGCUUUGCGCGGGAUCGGAGAAACUCCCGUCACGCCCCUGGGCAUCUCGUACAUCGACGACUUCGCUAAAGAGGAAAACUCUCCUUUCUACAUCGCUUGUCUCCAGACUAUUACUCUUCUGGGCCCCAUGUUUGGAUUUCUCCUGGGUUCCUAUUGUGCUAAACUUUACGUUGACAUUGGAUAUGUUGAUAUGGAAAGCGUCACCAUAACUCCAAAAGAUUCCCGCUGGGUGGGCGCCUGGUGGCUGGGCUUCCUGGUAUCCUCUUCCCUGCUGCUGGUCUCCAGUAUCCCUUUCUGGUUCCUGCCACGCUCGCUUCCCAAACAAGGGGAUGAAACGGACAAACCCACUCCUCCCUCCCUGAUCCUCGAUGGGGCAGAGAGUGCACAGAGCAGCAACCAAACAAUCAAGCUGACCGAAAUCGCAAAAGGGUUCCUCCCGUCACUGAAACGUCUCUUGGGGACCCCUGCUUACUUCCUGCUUCUUUGUGCGGCCAUUCUGAAGUUUAACUCAUUUAUAGGCCUGUUGACUUUCAAAGCCAAAUACAUGGAACAGCAGUUUGGACAAUCAGCAUCCAGAGCGAACUUCCUCAUAGGAGUGCUGAACCUACCCGCAGUGGCCCUGGGAAUCUUUUUGGGGGGCCUCCUGAUGAGGAGGUACAAGCUGAGUGUGGUGUCAGGAGCCCAGUUUUCUUUUGCCACAUCUUUCAUGGGGUACCUUCUCUUACUACUGCAAUUUGGCACCAAGUGUGACAACAGGCCAGUGGCUGGCCUCACUGUGUCGUACAAUGGGACACAGAGUGUAUCAUACAAUGGGGAGAUGCUCUUCUCAGACUGUAACAGAGACUGCUCUUGUUCGCCUGAUGAGUGGGACCCCGUCUGUUCGGACAGCGGCAUCACCUACGUCUCGCCAUGCAUGGCGAGCUGCCUCAACUCAAGCGGACGCGGCAAAAACACAGUUUUUCACAACUGCAGCUGUGUCUCCACCUCUUAUCCGCCUGGCAGCUCCAUGUCAGUGAGGCUGGGUCAGUGCCCGCACGCUAAGGACUGCAGCCGCAGCUUCACCUCCUACAUGGCUGUUUCUGUUCUCAGCUCCUUCAUCAACUCUCUGGGAGCCACACCCGGCUACAUGGUCAUCAUACGCUGCAUCACACCAGACCUCAAAUCCCUCGCGUUGGGUAUUCAGACUUUGGUAACCAGGACUCUUGGUGGAAUUCCAGCGCCUGUGUAUUUUGGAGCUCUGAUAGACUCUACUUGCCUGAAGUGGUCUAUCAAGAAGUGCGGGGGAAGAGGGGCGUGUCGCAUUUAUGACUCAAAUAUGUACAGGAUAAUUUUCCUUGGUUUGAUUACUUGCCUCAGCGGCACUUCCUACUUCUUCAUGAUUGCCGUCAUCGUCCUCCUGAAGCGACAGUUUUGGAAAUCAGACCGGGAGACAGAGCUGCAACAACCCAGAGCGUCAAAGGAAAGUGGAAUUAUGGUUCAGCUGGACAUUCAGGAGAAGAGCAGUGCUGGGAACACAAGUCCCAAACCGUCUUCUGACAAAACAGACUCUACUGGAGUUGAGAAAGACUUGGAAGGAUGAGGGGAAAUAGUCAGAACAGAGCGACUUUUUGCAAAUAAUAGUCUAUUUUUCAACAAUAUAUAUGAUGUGAACCUGACAGAGACUUCAGGUGAGUUCUUUUUCUUUCUCAUAGAUGGUCAGAGAAUGUUAUCAACAAAACCUCUGGUCUAUAAAAGAUCAUUAUUUCCUAAGUCGUGCAAUAAAGCAGGCAGUUCAAGUUAGUCUUUUCUUGCUAGGUCUGUUUACCUCUAUAUUGGUUAUCAUGUAACGCAGUUUGUUUUACUACUACAGACAGAUUGAGCAGCAAUUUAAUAAACUGACCUUUUUGUACAUCUCUUCCAUGUUGAAAGCAAAAUUGAUUGUUUAAUGAAACCUCUUGUUUAAAAAUGCUAUUUUUGGCAAUAAAUAAAUCCUUCAGUAAGA